AUGCCAUCCAGGCGCCAACAUCCAAAAUCUCGCCAUGGGUGCCUGACAUGCAAAUCUAGGAAAGUCAAGUGCGACUUUCAGAGGCCAAUCUGCAGCCAUUGUCAACGGAGAAAAGAACGAUGCGAAUACGCAGAGGCCGCACCAGAACAAUCCCAUAAUCGGCUUCACCGUCGAAAUGCUAUGCACUCCUACAACAGUCGUUUUCGAAUCCCUUUGAUAACCGGUCUGCUGAAUAUCGAAGAUAUACUGCUGCAUCAUUUCUCGUCUACCGUCAGCCUCACAUUAUCGGAUCGGGAGGAUUUCCAUACAGUGUGGUCAAUUCAUGUUCCCCAAGACGCGUAUAAAUAUCCACAUUUGAUGCACAGUAUGCUCGCUACAUCGGCUCUUCAUUUGUCCCAGACAACGACACCCAAAGAGUCCGCCGAUAUCAGCUUCUACGCGGCGCUGGCGACGCAUCAUCACGUUAUGGCGUUGUCCCUUCUUACCCCACACGUCACCAGUGUUACAAUGGAAAACUUUGAUAGCUUAUAUGCAACGUCUAUGCUCAUAUUUCUAUUCAAUGUUGGGCUGAUGGCCUCCUCGGACUCAUCUCGUCUCUCACAUGACAUUGUGCCAUUGUCAGAGUUGGCCAAAGGCAUUCUGGCUGUAAGGAGAGCUGGGGAGGAACGAUGUGAAAUCAAGAGGUCCUAUAUGCUGCGCGAUUUUUGCCCAUGGGAUUAUCCGCCCCCGCUCCCUGAUGGUCUGCAUCGAACAAUCCAAAAGAUAGAGAGAUUGGUUGCUUCUCUCCCUGAGACUGAAGAUAGAAUAGAGGCCAAGACCGAAUAUCAGGAGGCGAUUAAACUUCUCCGCGCGACUUUCAACGCUGUAAAUCUGAAUCGCCAACAUCCCGCGAUGGUCUUCAUGUGGUUUACUCUUGUUGACCGCCACUAUAUCGAGCUUGUGCAAUCUAAGGAUUCUAUUUCUCUCAUGAUAUUGGCGCAUUAUGGCAUUUGUAUGCUGCAAUACAAAGACAAAUGGUGGGCAGCAAAGUGCGGUGCAUAUAUUGUCACUGCGGUUCAUCAAAUCCUCGAUAAUUGCGAGGGAGCAGAUAGCUGA